AUGUUCGCCGCAUCAAGACAACUCGUCGCCCGCACCAUCCGCACCUUCUCUACAUCCGCUGCCUCACUCGAUGCCGCGGCAAGCACAACCGCCACAUCCACAUCAGCAGCAGCACCAGCAGUAUCAGCAACAAAGACGACCUCAUUGCCAAGGACAUACUUUGUAGAACGCACCAAGGCCGGCCAGCUCCCCGUCUACUCCGAGUUCAAGAACGCCGGCACCCGCCCCCUCACUGUCAUCCGCAAGAUCCAGGGCAACGCCACUGCGUUGAAGACAGAUUUGUUGGUGACUUACCCAAACGCAGAGGUCCGUGUGAACGAACGCAGCAACCAGGUCAUCCUCAAGGGUCUCGUCAUGGAUGAUGUCCGCCAGUGGCUCACCGUCAAGGGCUUCUAA